UACGUACGUAUUUAAAUAUAAUUGAAUUGGUACCAAGUAGUACAUACAAAAUAAUUCUCCUGACCCAUCCAUGAAGUAGGUAAUGUUUUGGCCCCAAAGGAGUAACUUUAGCCCUGGUCCACAGGAAACAAAUGAGCGUACGUACGUACGUAUUACAACAUACAAAGCUGCAACAAUCCUGCUUCAUCUGACGCCGACUUGAAUGAGGGCACACUAGCAGCCACGGUGCCCUUAUUCAAGUGCCACUUCAUUUAAUAACACAAACAAGAGUCUCCUUGAGGACCGAUGAGAUUCAUAAAGGCCACAGCUGCUUCACGUCUAUUCUCAUCACACACAACACACAACGAGUCUUGAAGUGGUGUGCUGUGGCCCACGAGGCAACCACAGCUCUAGACACACGACACUCUCCUCUGCGCAGCGUUACGUUAAAGUCGCACUGUUUCGGUGCUCUAGCCAGAUAUUACUGGCGAUGCAUUUCUUUGUGGUGCUCUCCAUGGUCGCAGCCAUGGCCCAGGCAAGCAGCACGCCUCCCCAGAUGAGGAAAACAGCUGUUCAGGCCUCAAGGACGAUCGCUCCCUUCUGUCUACUCUACUAACGGUCACAGGCUACAGUGACACUUGCGUGGCUGCUGCCCUGGACUUCUGUAGCACUGGACAAGAGGACAGCCGCUACGCGUCCCUCAUGGAGGAGGCAAAGGAAGUGGUGCAGCAGGUCAGUGUUGCUGUAAACAAAUGGGAGUCUCGGCCACGUCACUGCAAGGACUUACUGGACUCCGGGGACAGCGGGAGCGGCCUGCGCCAGGUAUACCCUUACCCUGGGCAACCCCACCACCGCGUCACCGUGUUUUGUGACCACACCGUCGACGGCGGGGGAUGGACCGUCUUCCAGCGGCGCACCAGUGACGCCGUCCGCCAAGAUUUCUACCGCACUUGGAUCGAGUAUCGGUUGGGCUUCGGCGACCUGGAGGGUGAAUUCUGGCUGGGCCUUGACCUUCUGCACCAGCUGACCUCCACCACCCUGCAGCAGCUGCGAAUUGACCUGCACGAUUACGAGGAGGAUCGGUGGGCUAAGUACGGAUUCUUCCACGUGGGCGCUCCGGAGACCAAGUUCCGCCUCAGUGUUGGAAGUUACAGCGGGGACGCAGGGGACAGCUUUGCAGCAAGACACAACGGCAUGCCAUUCACCACCCGUGAUGCUGACAACGACAACUAUAGUGCCAACUGUGCGGAAGAACGCCGCGGAGGUUACUGGUAUGAUGAUUGCUAUGACUCUAACCUGAACGGCUACCAGUAUGUUGGCCACGACACCACUGACCAUAGAGGCAUCACGUGGAAUCAAUGGAGAGGGUGGAGGUACUCCCUGAAUGCGACAUCCAUGAAGAUACGACCUGCUUUCUGAGUCGUUCUCCUGUUAGCUGCAGCACGGCACAGCAUAGCACGGCACAGCACAGCACGGCGGGAAACGAUCAUACACAUGCGCACAUUACACUCCACACAGGACCACCACCACCACCAUCACCGCCGCCGCUGCCUCUCCAUGCAACUUACGUAUCUUACACUAUUUACUAACAUUCUGCCAGAAUGUUGAUAACAAAUAUGUGACGUCAACUGGUGAAUAACCAGAGUAAUGUUUCUUGCUAACCAAUGUCAUUAACAACAAAAUAAGCCGAUAAUAAAUUCAUCAUUGCCUC